AUGACUGUGGUUCCCAUUCUUUAUUACAGCGCCUUGGCCUUGGUCACUUACCUCAUCUUCAAGUACACUCAACAACGUACGAAAGGUUCUUUACCGCCAGGCCCUAAAGGUUUACCUCUUUUCGGAAAUGUACUUGAUCUCCCCUCACCGGGCACGAUAGAGUGGCUUCACUGGCAGAAACACAAAGACAAAUAUGGUCCAAUCUCUUCCGUCUCCGUUCUGGGACAGUUGUUUGUCAUACUGCACGACAAACAGACCAUCACAGAUCUGUUGGAGAUGCGUGCCUUGAAAAGUGCUUCAAGGCCAAAGCUGGUGUUUGCGGGUGACGUUGUUGGAUAUGAUAGUAUCAUGGGCAUGAUGCCGUUUGACAGGACGUUUCGGUUGCAUCGAAAGCUCACGGCGACCCAAGUCAGUAGCAAAUCUAUUGGUAGAUUCGAGCCGAUACAGGAACUUGAAAUUCUCCGACUGUUACAGCGCAUCUACAAAGACAAUGAUGGUGGUAAUCUACCCGAGCAUUUGAACCAAGUAUCAGGUUCCAUCAUGCUCCGCAUUCUCUACAACUACGAAACAGACCCUAGUAAGAACGACCAUAUCGUCUCCAUGGCCAAUACAGUCAUGGAAGAGUUCUCGAAGGCGACAAGUCCAGGUGCUUGGACGGUAGACUUGAUACCGUGGCUCAAAUACCUACCAGAAUGGAUGCCCGGUGCAAGCUUCAAAAAGACAGCCAAGAUCUACCGGAAGCAUCUUCUGCAAAAUGUCAAAGACCCUUACGAUUACGUGAGAGAUCAGAUGGCUCGAGGUAACGACAAUGUCUCGUAUGUUGCUGGUUUGGUCAAAGACAUCCAUCGUAAAAUAGACCCAGAAGAGGAGAGUGUCAUCCAGUGGACGGCUGCUUCUAUGAUGAACGCUGGCACAGACACAACUGGCGCCACACUUCUAUCGUUCUUUGCGGCCAUGGUCAUCUACCCAGACGUUCAGAAGCGAGCACAGGAGGAGAUUGAUCGUGUCGUUGGAGGUUCACGUCUCCCUUCCUUCUCUGACAAGGUAAAUCUUCCUUACAUCAACGCGAUAGCCCAAGAAGCCUUACGAUGGCACACACUCGCACCUAUGGGGUUCCCACACAUGACUACAGAAGACGACACAUACAACGGUUACUUUAUCCCGAAGAACACUCUCUUAUUUCCCGCAGUAGCUUCGAUCACGCAUGACCCAGAGAUAUAUCACGACCCGAUGACCUUCAGACCUGAACGGUAUUCCGAACCGUACAAUGAGCCUUCGCCGUCUGAUGUAGUAUUUGGGUUUGGACGUAGAACUUGUCCGGGCAAGUGGAUUGCUGAACAGACAAUGUUCUUGAUUAUUGCACAGACUUUGGCUGUUUUCAAUAUUGAGAAAGAUGUGGAUGAGGAGGGGAGAGAAAUUGAUGUAGUAUAUGAGCAGUUGCCGGGAGUUAUUGCCAGGGUGAAGCCAUUUCCUCAUAGGAUUGUACUUAGGACCGAAGGUCAUAGAAGAUUUGUGGAAUGA